CCUCCCAUGUGGCCGAACCAAAAAGUUUUGUGCUAGUCCACUGCCACAAUUCUGGCUGCAGGUAGCUUUUGGGACCAGGGGGCACCUAGCAUCCGAAUCCUGAAUCUACUUUCCAGCAGGGUGACACGCUUCCCUGAAGACCCGAAGCCUGACUUGACUUCUUGGGUGCUUCAAUGGAGGAGCCACAGUCAGACCUCAGCAUCGAGCCCCCUCUGAGUCAGGAGACAUUUUCAGACUUGUGGAACCUACUUCCUCCAAACAAUGUUCUGUCCACAUCGCUGUCAGUUGAUGCCAUGGAAGAUCUGUUCCUGUCCCAGGAUGUUGCAAACUGGUUAGAAGAGCCAAAUGAAGGCCCCCAAAUGUCAGCAGCAGCUUCUACAGCAGAGGACCCUGUCACUGAGGCCCCUGCACCGGUGACCCCUGCACCAGUCACUUCCUGGCCCCUCUCAUCUUCUGUCCCGUCCCAAAAAACCUACCAGGGCGAAUAUGGUUUUCGCCUGGGCUUCCUGCACUCAGGGACGGCCAAAUCUGUCACCUGCACGUACUCCCCUUCCCUCAAUAAGCUAUUCUGCCAGCUGGCAAAAACAUGUCCUGUGCAGUUGUGGGUCAGCUCCACACCUCCUCCUGGCACCCGUGUCCGUGCCAUGGCCAUCUACAAGAAGUCACAGCACAUGACAGAAGUCGUUAGGCGCUGCCCCCACCAUGAGCGCUGCUCCGAUGGUGAUGGUUUGGCUCCCCCUCAGCAUCUCAUCCGAGUGGAAGGAAACUUGCGAGCCGAGUAUCUGGAUGACAGGCAGACUUUCCGGCACAGUGUGGUGGUGCCAUAUGAGCCACCGGAGGUCGGCUCUGACUGUACCACCAUCCACUACAACUAUAUGUGUAAUAGCUCCUGCAUGGGGGGCAUGAACCGCCGGCCCAUCCUCACCAUUAUCACACUGGAAGACCCCAGUGGGAACCUGCUGGGACGGAACAGCUUUGAGGUUCGUGUUUGUGCCUGUCCUGGGAGAGACCGUCGUACAGAGGAAGAAAAUUUCCGGAAAAAGGGAGAGCCUCGUCCAGAACUGCCACUGGGAAGUUCUAAGAGAGUGCUGCCCACCAACAUAAGCUCCUCUCCCCAGCCAAAGAAGAAACCACUUGAUGGAGAAUAUUUCACCCUUAAGAUCCGUGGUCGUGAACGCUUCAAGAUGUUCUCAGAGCUGAAUGAGGCCUUAGAAUUAAAGGAUGCUCAGGAUGCAAAUGGGUCAGGAGACAGCAGGGCUCACUCCAGCCUCCAGCCUUGCCCAAGGAGAAAAGCCCAGGCUGCUGCCUCCUGUCACACUGGCUCCCUCCUCCCCUCUGUCUUCCUACAGCUACCUGAAGUCCAAGAAGGGCCAGUCAACCUCCCGUCAUAAAAAACUAAUGAUCAAGAGAGAGGGGCCUGACUCAGACUGACAUCCUCCGCCUCCUGUCCCCGUCAGCAACCUCUCAUCCCCUUCCUCCUUUCCUGCCAUUUUGUAACUUGGGUGCUUGGGUUAAUCCGGUCAUCACCGGUAUCUGGGGAGGGUAGUGGGAAUACCAGCUCAGCUUUUAGGAUUCUGACCAUGAGAGUCUUGAAGAGAGGAAGAAAACUCUUGGUGGGGUUGGAGCUUGCAGUUGGCCAUGUGCUUGGCUGUGUACAGUGGUGAGGCCCCGCCCAGUUCUGAGUUUACUUUCUCCCAACUUGAACAACUGCAUCUAUAAAAUGCAGAUCAGCCUGUCUGCUCCUCAGGGUUUGUUGUGAUACUUGUCCCUUCCAGACCUUUUUAUUACCUUGUGGCUGGGACACCUGUUGGGGGAUGGGUUGGUAGUUGCCAGGUCUCUGCUGGCCCAGCGAAAUCCUAUCCAGCCACUUGUUGGACCCUGGCACCUAAAAUGAAAUCUCACCCCACCCUCCACCCUGUAAGAUUCUAUCUUGGGCUCUCAUAGGGUCUGUAUCCACCAAGACCCGUGUUCUUUCCACCCUUGGUUCAGGAUCAGUUUCUCUGAACUCUGCCUGGCCUUUGUGCAUUUACCACCACCCCCUUUCCCUUUUUAUACCCCCUUUUAUAUAUCGAUCUCUUAUUUUACAAUAAAU